AUGGCAGACGCCACGCUCAGCUUACCGCGGAUUCUGUGUCUCCACGGCGGAGGUGUAAACGGAGCGAUAUUCAGAGCGCAGUUCAGAGCGUUCCUGAACCACGAGAAGCUCAAGAACCGGUUCCGGUUCGUGUUCGCCGACGCGCCCUUCUUCUGCGACGAGGGCGUGGGCGUGCGGCCCGUGUAUUCCGACUGGGGCCCCUUCCGGCGGUGGUUCCGGUGGCUCGACACGCACCCUGAGAUCGACCCGGGCGCGUGUGCCUACGAGCUCGAGUACACCCUGGAGCGGUGCAUGGACAGCGACCCCGGGACCGGGGAGUGGGUGGGCGUCCUGGGGUUCAGCCAGGGGGCAAAGCUGGCCGCGAGCCUGCUUUACGAACAGCAACUCCAGGGGAGAGACGGACCGUGGAGGUUCGCCGUCAUCCUCGCGGGCCGCGCGCCGAUGGUCGGUCUGAGCGACGAGGCCGAACGAUUCCCCUGGAUGCAGAGCGCCGGCGGUCUCGCGGAAGCUGCUGAUCUCGACAGCAUCCACCAGUGGCCGGACCUCAAGCUCAAGAUCCCGACGCUGCACGUCCACGGCCUGAAGGACGAAGGGUUGCACCUCCACAGGCGACUCGUCGAGGACUACUGUGCCCCGGGCACGGCGACGCUCGUCGAGUGGGACGGACCUCACCGGAUCCCCAUCAAGAGAAGCGACGUGGACAGGAUCGUCGACGCCUGGGUCGACUUGGCAGACGAGUAUGGACUUUGA